UUCGUGUUUCGGAGAUCCAUGUCCAACCCUGACGUGUAGUGUAGUGUAGAAUUGAAUGCGUAGAAAGAAUCGAUCGAGUUGGGGUGUCGUUUUUUGCUUUCCAUUUUCUUGCAAAUGCCCAACAGUCAGAGGUCUCUUCCGUGUUUGUUUUGUAUGGGCCCAAUUUUUCCGCCGAUGGCGUGCGAAGGAGACGAGAGUCGUAAUAAAUGAGCAAUGGAAACUUGAGUUGAGGACGAGUAGGAGGAGGAGGAAGAGGAGAUCAGUUACCACUCAUCUUCACUGCUUUAAUUUUCUGGUUCCAAUUUUGGGGAUUUAGGGUUUCGUCGGCUGUGUGUAUUUUGCUCGAACUCUGAAGCUUUUCCUUCUGGAUUUCUGAUUUUACUGUGUCGAUAAUUUAAUUUGGUAUGGAUUGGGAUUUCUUGUAAAUGUUUCUCUCUGAAGAUUAUCUCGGAGGAUCUUGAGCUUCGAAGCUAAGUAUGUACAUAUAUAUAUGUAUGUAUGUAUAUCUUUAGUGUUUAGGUUUUGAAGCUUGAAAUCUUGUGGUCUUGAAGGAAUUGGAACAGCUAAACAAUGGAUAGAGUGAUUCAUCCUCCUCUGGUUGAUACGACGGCAUGCCUUUGUAGGGUCGAUGCCGGCCUGAAAACCGUCGCCGGAGCGAAAAAAUACGUCCCCCGGUCGAAACUCUGUCUCCAACCCGAUAUAAAACCUUCGAUUCAUCCAGCCAAGCCAAAGCCGCCGCGCGUUCAGAGCAGGAGUCAGUCUCCGUUACUUCCGGGGCUCCCGGACGACCUCGCAAUCGCUUGCUUAAUCCGCGUUCCGAGAAUCGAACAUUCGAAGCUCCGCCUCAUCUGCAAAAGAUGGUAUCGACUUCUGGCCGGUAAUUUCUUCUACUCUCAGCGCAAGAGUCUCGGAAUUUCCGAGGAGUGGAUAUACGUCGUGAAGCAAGAUCGGGACGGGAAGCUGUCCUGGGUCGCCUUCGACCCGAUGCAUCAUCUCUGGCAACCGCUCCCGCCGAUCCCGAAAGAAUACGACGAAACGCUCGGAUUUGGAUGUGCGGUUCUCGGCGGUUGUCACCUCUACUUGUUCGGUGGGAAGGAUCCGGUUAAAGGAUCGAUAAGACGCGUCGUAUUCUACAGCGCCCGGACGAACAAGUGGCACCGCGCGCCGGAUAUGCUCCGGCGCCGGAAGUUCUUCAGCUGGUGCGUGAUGAACAACUGUUUAUACGUAGCGGGCGGCGAGAGCGAGGCCUGGAACAAUCGAUCGUCGAGAUCGGCCGAGGUUUACGACCCGAACAAGAAUCGGUGGUCGUUCAUCUCUGAAAUGACCACUUCGAUGGUGCCGUUCGUAGGCACCGUUUACGACGGGAAGUGGUUUCUAAAAGGAGUAGCUUCGAAUCGGCAGGUGCACGGCGAGGUCUACGAUCCCAAAACCGAUCGAUGGAAGCGCGUUGACGACGGAAUGGUUUCCGGUUGGAGGCAUCCUUGCGCAGUGGUCGACGGAAAUCUUUGUGCUUUGGAUUGUAGAGACGGGUGCAAAAUUAGGAUUUACGACAAAACGAGCGGGUCUUGGAGCAAGCGGGUCGAUAGUCGAACGCAUUUGGGGAACUCGAGGGCCGUCGAGGCGAGAGGUGUCGUUCCUCUUUCCGGGAAACUUUGCAUUGUUCGGAAUGAUUUGAGCGUUACUCUUGUCGACGUUUUUAAAGGUGAUCUUGAUGGCGCUGCCGCUGCGGAGCAUUUGUGGGAGACGAUCGGGAAAGGGCGGUUGCGAAGCUUAGUUGCGAGUUUGUUGUCGAAUCUCGCCGGAAGGAAUGGCCGGAAAAGUCGGGUAAUUCAUUGUCAGGUACUUCUAACUUGAGAGUUCUUGGAGUGAUAUUGUGUUGUGUGAUUUUUCGUUCAUAGAUUUUUUGGUGUAUUUGAUGCGAUCUUUUGUUGAUGGCCGAGUUUUUUCAUAUAUACGAUGAAUAUAGCUAUACUUAUGUUAUGCGACCCCCGAAUUUGAAUAGUUGUUUGAUGCAAUAUAAAUAGAUAUUGAUGUGA